GACUGUAUGCUAUCCUCCCUCAAAGGAAGCAGGCGAGGGGAGAAAGGAACCAUUGGGGAAGGAGCAUGAGAGGGAGCUGAGCGGAACGCCAGCCUGCCUGGGACUCUCGGCCUGGAAGACUGGGGGGAAACUGCUUGCAAGAUGGCUACGGAAAGAGAUUCAGAGACCACCUUCGACGAAGAUUCCCAGCCCAACGAUGAAGUAAUGCCAUAUAGUGAUGAUGAGACGGAGGACGAAUUGGACACUCAGCCUGCCGUCGAGCCGGAGCAGAAUCGCAUCAACAGGGAGGUGGAAGUGACUCGAGAAACACUUAGGAAGGAUUGCAGUUGGCAAGUUAAAGCGAAUGAUCGUGCCUUCUAUGAACAGCCACAGUUUAUGAAAACAACAUUUCUGGGCUUUAAGAGAAGUAAAUAUUCAGGGAAUGCAAUUAAAACCUACAAGUAUAAUCCUAUCACCUUCUUGCCAUUGAAUUUAUUGGAACAGUUUAAAAGAGCUGCCAACUUUUAUUUCCUGGUUCUCCUUAUUCUACAGACAAUUCCUCAAAUAACUACCCUCGCUUGGUAUACAACCUUAAUUCCUUUACUCCUCGUGCUGGGCAUCACCGCAAUUAAAGAUCUAGUGGAUGAUAUUGCUCGACAUCGGAUGGACAAUGAAAUUAACAACCGCACGUGCCAUGUGAUCAAGGAGGGCAGGUUCAAAGAGACAAAAUGGAAAGACAUUAAAGUUGGUGAUGUCAUCCGACUGGCAAAGAACACCUUUGUUCCUGCAGAUAUCCUGCUGCUAUCCAGUUCAGAACCCAACAGCCUUUGUUAUGUAGAGACAGCUGAACUUGAUGGUGAAACCAACUUAAAGUUCAAAAUGUCCCUGGAAGUAACAGACAGAUAUCUUCAAGAAGAAAGUGCAAUGGCUGCGUUCGAUGCUUUCGUAGAAUGUGAAGAACCCAACAACCGGCUGGAUAAAUUCACCGGAACCUUGAAAUGGAAAGGAAGGAGUUAUGCGCUGGAUGCUGACAAAAUAUUGUUACGUGGCUGCAAGAUCCGAAACACAGAUGUUUGCCAUGGGCUUGUUAUAUUCGCAGGAGCAGACACAAAAAUAAUGAAAAAUAGUGGGAAAACACGGUUUAAGAGAACUAAAAUAGACUCCCUUAUGAAUUACAUGGUAUAUACGAUCUUCGUUUUACUCAUCUUGGUGUCUUCUGGCCUGGCUAUUGGACACACUUACUGGGAGCAACAGAUUGGCAAUGAUUCUUGGUAUCUUUAUGAUGGAAUGGACUACAGCCCUUCCUACCGUGGCUUCCUUAACUUUUGGGGUUACAUCAUCGUCCUUAACACCAUGGUUCCAAUUUCCCUCUAUGUGAGUGUUGAAGUGAUCCGUCUCGGCCAAAGCUAUUUUAUCAACUGGGACUUGCAAAUGUAUUAUCCAGAGAAGGAUACACCUGCUAAGGCCAGAACCACCACUUUGAAUGAGCAGCUUGGACAAAUCCAUUACAUCUUCUCGGAUAAGACGGGGACGCUAACUCAGAACAUCAUGACUUUCAAAAAGUGUUGCAUAAAUGGACACACCUAUGGGGAAUGCAGAGAUAAGACAGGAAAGCCACGUAAUCGUCCUGAGCAAGUGGAUUUCAGCUGGAAUAUGUACGCUGAUGGGAAACUCGCCUUUUAUGAUCAGUAUCUCAUUGAAGUAAUCAGAUCGGGGAGUGACCCUGAGGUUCAGCAGUUCUUCUUCCUGCUUGCGAUUUGCCACACAGUGAUGGUGGAUGCUAGCGAGGGUGACCUCAGCUAUCAAGCAGCUUCCCCUGAUGAAGGCGCAUUAGUCACCGCAGCCAGAAACUUUGGCUUUGCUUUUCUUUCACGGACGCAGAAUACUAUUACAAUAAGCGAGAUGGGGACUGCGAGGACUUAUGACGUUCUCGCCAUUUUGGACUUCAACAGUGAUCGAAAACGAAUGUCGGUUAUCACAAGAGACUCGAACGGUAGAAUCCGGCUUUACUGCAAAGGUGCUGAUACGGUGAUUUAUGAACGGCUGCACCCGCGGAACCCUAAAAGGCAGGCUACCCAGGAGGCACUAGAUAACUUUGCAAGUGAAACCCUUCGGACGCUGUGCCUUUGCUACAAGGACAUCGGCAACGAGGAGUAUGAGGCGUGGAAUAAAAGAUUCAUGGCUGCUAGUGUUGCUGUAAGGAACCGCGAGGAAGCUCUGGAUAAAGUAUAUGAAGAAAUUGAAAAGAAUCUCAUUCUUUUAGGUGCCACGGCAAUUGAAGACAAGUUGCAGGAUGGGGUUCCAGAAACGAUAUCCAAACUGGCAAAGGCAGAUAUUAAGAUCUGGGUGUUGACUGGUGAUAAAAAAGAAACUGCUGAAAACAUUGGAUAUUCUUGCGAACUCCUGACAGAUGAAACUACCAUCUAUUACGGAGAAGAUGUAAGUGCUCUUCUGCAAACAAGACUAGAAAAUCAGAGGAACAGAAGUGGAUCAAAUCUAAAUUCAUCUCAGAGGACCAAUGAACCCUUUUUGCAGCAGGGUAGAAAUCAUGCUCUGAUUAUCACUGGCUCCUGGCUGAAUGAAAUUCUCUUGGAGAAGAAAAAGAAAAGAAAGAAGCUCCUGAAACUGAAAUUUCCAAAAACUGCAGAAGAAAAACAAAAGCAGCUCCAGAGUAAAAGGAAAGCGGAAGCGAACAAGGAGCAGCAGCAGCGGAACUUCGUUGAUUUGGCUUGCGAGUGCAGUGCGGUGAUCUGCUGUCGCGUGACACCCAAGCAGAAGGCCAUGGUGGUGGAUCUGGUGAAGAGAUACAAGAAGGCAAUCACUUUGGCCAUUGGGGAUGGCGCCAAUGACGUCAACAUGAUCAAAACUGCCCACAUCGGUGUUGGAAUCAGCGGACAAGAAGGGAUGCAAGCUGUCAUGUCUAGUGACUAUUCUUUUGGCCAGUUCAGAUACCUGCAACGAUUGUUAUUGGUUCAUGGCCGAUGGUCAUACAUCAGGAUGUGCAAGUUCCUACGAUAUUUUUUCUACAAAAACUUUGCAUUCACACUAGUUCACUUUUGGUAUUCCUUCUUCAAUGGCUAUUCUGCACAGACGGCCUAUGAAGACUGGUUUAUCACCCUCUACAAUGUAUUAUAUUCCAGCCUUCCAGUUCUUCUUGUUGGCUUGCUUGACCAGGACGUGAGUGACAAACUGAGCCUGCGAUUCCCCACCUUGUACUUGUCGGGACAGAAAGAUUUGCUGUUUAACUACAGGAAGUUCUUCAUAAGCCUCUUACAUGGUGUCAUAACGUCGCUUGUGAUUUUCUUCAUCCCCUACGGCGCUUACCUCCAAACCAUGGGGCAAGAUGGAGAAGCACCCUCUGAUUACCAAUCAUUUGCUGUCACUACAGCCUCUUCUCUCAUCAUCGCCGUCAAUUUUCAGAUGGGACUGGAUACCUCUUACUGGACAUUCGUUAAUGCUUUCUCAAUAUUUGGGAGCAUUGCACUUUACUUUGGGAUUAUGUUCGACCUACACAGUGCCGGGAUCCAUGUCCUCUUUCCAUCUGCCUUUCCGUUUACCGGUACUGCUGCAAAUGCCCUUCGGCAGCCGUAUCUCUGGUUGACUAUCAUUUUAUCCGUUGCCUUAUGCUUGCUGCCUGUAAUUGCACUCCGUUUCUUGUCCAUGACAAUCUGGCCUUCAGAAAGUGAUAAGAUCCAGAAGAAUCGCAAGAAGUACAAGGCUGAGGAAGAGCAGUGGAGAAGAAGGCCAAGUGUCUUCCGACGGGGAAUAUCAGGCCGCCGAUCUGCUUAUGCCUUCUCACAUCAGCGAGGAUAUGCCGACCUGAUUGCUUCUGGGCGGAACAUUCGCAGGAGGCGAGCGUCAUUGACUGCAGUACUUUGCACCAAUCUAGCAGAAGUCAGACAAGCUGAAGCAGCAAGUUGAUGGUUUUUCAUAUCCUACAAGAAGUGGAUUUUUAAAAAGACAUUGCACAAAAUUUUUAUUUUUUUAUGAAAGACUCAGGAUUCUUUUUUUUUUAAAUUAUGUAUGGUUCUGAUGAACAUCUCCUGUUUUGUUUUACAAGCUACUCAGUUGGGGAUCAUUGACAAACUGAAGAACCAAGUAGUUGUUUUUUUUAUAUAGAUCCCUGUACAAAUACUUGUUUCAUUUGAAAUUGAAGGAUAUAAAUAACAAGGGACUUCAGGACCAAUUUGUAGAAGGGAUUUUUAAAUAACAGUCCUUGGAAUUUUAACUCUUUUAUUAUGAUCACGAAAUAAACGUUCAGCUGAUUGUUUUCUGACUCGACACCAAAGAUGAGCGGUGGAAAAGCAAGACAAAUGUGUGUGCCACUUCAUCCCAGCAAUUUAUUCAGCUGUAAUACCAGUCUUAGAAAACCGAAGACUUUUUUUGCUGUGAAUUUACCUAUGCAGUUUUAUGCUGCAAGCAUCAAGAACAUAAUUUACCAUGCACAUUAUAUUCACCCAUGGAAGCAUGUGUUUAAUGUUUAGUCUGAUUAUCCUCUUGUAGGAAAACUGAAUUCAACGCAGGAACGACUGUGUUCUUUUUGCCAUGAAUAUUUUAGUGGACUUUGAACAAUAUUCCAGAAGGAAAAACCCACUGAAAUGAAACAGAAUUCAAGUCCAGUUGCACCUUAAAGAACAACAAUUUUUUCCAAGUAUCAGAUAUAUCUGAUGAGCUGAACUUGGACUCACGAAUAGAGAUGGGCAUGAAACGAACCAUGAACCAAAGUUCGUGAUGGAGCGGCUGGUUCGUAGGCAAAGAAACACGUGGUUUGUGGGGUCGUGUUUUUACAAACCAAAUGACUUUUUCCUACCAUUUCAUGGCCAGUUCGGGAAGCCAGACACUUUGGCGCCAUUCAGUGCAUUGCCUAGGCAACAGCAGCCAGUCUUUUGGUUGCCCCCAAUCUGAGGCCUUCCAGGCUUGAUUGGCAGCUGUCCCUGCCAACUAGAGCUCCCAUUCUGACCCAUCUAGCCAGGAAAAGGGUGGGGAGGUUUAGAAUCUCUAAGGCAACUGAGAUGGGCCUGCAGUAGUCAUGGUAACAUCAAUCUCUUCCCCCCCAAACCUUGUUAGGCAAGCCUUUCUGCCAAUCAGAGUGCUCCUGUUUUGCUCAAUGUGGGCAUUUUAUAUAGAAGGGAAAGCUCUGUGCCUCGUGGUUCCAGUUUCAGCAGAGAGAGAGAGGGAGGCUUGCCGGAACUUGGCUUUUGAGAGAGAUUGUUUGGUGGGAUCUUUGGCCUGCACUUGUUGCUGGAAAAGGGACUGAAAAGUUUGGGCUCUCUGAAUGGGACUCGCUCUGGGCUCCAACAAAUGGGGCUCAUUCUGGGCUCCAACAAACCACAAACCAGUUUGCGAACUGGGUCAAGUUCAGCAAAGUUCGUGGUUUGGGGCUUGUGAAACUGGAUGAACCACAAACCAUGCGGUUCGAGUUUUUUUCCGGUUCGUGCCCAUGUCUACUCACGAAAACUUAGAACCUGAAAAAUGUGUUGGUCUUUAAGGUGCUACUUGGCUUGAAUUUUGUUCGGCUAGUACAGACGAACAUGGCUAGCCACUUGAAGCUACCCACUGAAGUGAGUGACGGUUGUGUGGACGCUGAAGUGAGUGGUGGCUAUUCUUGGGUUCGGGCUAUCCUCUGGCAUCCUCCUCCUUACCACAAGAAGCAUUUCUCUUAUUUGUUCUCUGCAACUGUUUGAAAGUAAGAAAGAGACAGAAUAUUGAAUGGGGUUGAUCCCUAUUACGCUUUUUGGGAGACAUGUUGAUUCUUACAUGCUCAAUCAUUAUUAGGGUACUUGGGUAACUUCCUAUGGGUGAAUUCAUCUGUUGUUUUCCAUACUUUAUAUUAUUUCUGCGAGUGAGACACUGCAGGCAUUCUGCCAUGAUUUAAGAAAGUUUAGGUUGUCUGCCUGAAAGAAACAUGUGGGUUCUUCAAACAUGAUAGCACAGGCACAUUUUAUACGCAUCUUGCUUUAUAAAAACGAAAUCCAUGUAGGAAAGAAGCCAGGCACAAAACUUUCAUUCAGUUGGGAAGAUUUUCAAAAGAUAAAAUUGGAGCAAGAUGGUAGUUCACGUUUAGGAUGAAUGCAUUUCACUAUGUUUUAAUAGUUUUUAAAAAGCAUGUUUUUGUUAGGUUUAUUGUUGCAUACUUUCACAUUUUCUGUGCUGGGACUUAUAAAUGGUUUACAUUUCAAGUAUUUCAGCAUACACCAUUUUAUGAUGUUUAAACAUUCACGAGACCAUUUCACAUUCCCCUCCCUUCAAACAGUUACACAGCAAAGUAUAAAAGUGUAUCUUUUACUUAGGCACAUGGAGUUGGUACAUUUCUUUAUUAUUAUUGAAAGUGGAAAGGUUUACAACUUUUUCUUUUCAGUAAGUUCGUAGAAGCCUCUGCUUAGCUUCAGUGUAAAUUCUCUCAUUAAAAUAUGAGAAACCCCUCCCCAUCUCCCCGCGCCGUGUUUCAGAGCCUUUUAAUCUGGGUGCAGUAUCAGGAUUUUUCACAUGCAGAUUGAAUUCAUGCUCGGUUUACUUGUAUCAGGACUGUAAAAUAGAAGCAUUUGUUUAAAAGAUGAGGGUAUGUACAUAAACGAUCUUCAUUGUUAAUUUUUUGAAGUGAUGUGAGAAAACCCAAGUGUUUUCACUAAUCUGAUGCUUUUAUUAAAGUGAACU